AACACAAUGAAGUUUGUUCCUCAUACAACACUGUAGUGACGUCACACCCAAACAGGAAAUGCUUCAUUACUGAGUGAUUCAAGCUAAGCGGAGCUAUUUUUUAAAAAGAUUUCUCCACCCCGCUCAUAAAAUGUCUCAGGAUACCUGGUUACAGAAUUACGACGCCACUUGUCGACUGGCACAAGAAAUUGCUGAAAACAUCCAUGAACGCAACAGACAGCAAAGAACCGGAGGAAAUCCAGCCAAGAUUAACAUGACACUGCGGGCGUCACUUCAGAAGCUCAAACAAAGUAUUUCCCAUCUGAAAGAGAGUUUGCUGAGGACUUCUUCGUCACGGCGCAUAAUGCAGUCAGAAGCGGACAGACGGCAGAAUCUCAUUGACGACCUGCUGACGAGGGAGAAGCAACUCAUUGCCACUUUUAAAGGCGACGUCCCGGAACCAGCUCCGUCCAGGUCCACCUUAAUGGCAGGAGGAGUGGGCGCAAGCGAAGGAGUCUCGGCAAACCCGUGGCUCAUUAACGAGCCGGAAGAAACUCGGGGCUUGACGUUCGGAGAGAUAAAACAACAACAGCAGCGAAUCAUUGAAGUUCAAGAUGCAGGUCUAGAUGCACUAGCGGCAGUCAUCAGCCGGCAGAAGGUCAUGGGGCAGGAGAUCGGCAACGAGCUGGACGAGCAGAACGAAAUCAUUGACGACCUGACGCAUCUCGUGGACAAGACAGAUGGCCGAAUUCGCAACGAGACACGGCGAGUGCAGCUGGUAGAGAAAAAGUCAGCCUCCUGCGGGAUGAUCGUGGUGAUUGUGUUGCUGCUCAUCGCGAUCAUUACGGUGGCUGUGUGGCCCGUGCAUUGAUCGUGGACCCGUGGAGACCCGGUGGAGACCCCGUGAAGUACAAUUCAGGGGAGGGAAUGUUAGGAUUCAAACGCGGAAAAAGACGUUCUCUCCUCUAGAUCAUUUUUUUCCAUUUUUUUUUUUUUUUUAAGAAUCAUUUCUACUCUGUUAAUCUGAGUGAUGUGCCCCGCAGAGAAAUCACAGCGUUGCAUUUCUUCCACAUUCUAUUAUAUGAUGAAUAUAUGUUAUAAUGCACUCCAGUUUCCUCCCACGUCCCAAAAACAUGCAACAUUCAUUGGACACGCUAAAAUUGCCCGUAGGUGUGAUUGUGAGUGCAGCUGUUUGUCUCUACGUGGCCCUGCGAUUGGCUGGCAACCAGUUCAGGGUGUACCCCGCCUCCUGCCCGAUGACAGCUGGGAUAGGCUCCGGCACUCCCCGCGACCCUUGUGAGGAUAAGCAGCAAAGAAAAUUGAUUGAUGGAUAUACAUUACUGAAAAAGUUUCACAUCGGUAAUUAAAAGUACCCAAAAAAAAAGGCCCAUUUUACAGUGUAACGAGAGUUUAUUUGAAAAUCUGCCUUUAGUUCUACCAGGUUGGUUUGUUCAGUAGUUAUAAUUUCCUUCUUCAUUUAAUGACCACAAGCUAAUCAAUUACAAGACAUAAAAAAAAAAAAAUGCAAGUAAAAAGUUGAGGAAACAAAAUCCACAUUGUUUCGUGUAAUUAAAUAUAUUCAUAUAUAUAUUCAUAUAUAUGUAUAUAUAUAUAUAAUAACCAUAAUAUAUUAGUACACAUUGUAGAAAAAAAAAAUUCAAAAAAAAAAUGCUUUGCAAAUGUGACAACUAAACAUUUACAUUUCAUAGUAUGAACACAAAGGCAGGCUUUUUAAAGAAAGCUCUGCAAACCUUUGCUCUUGGGGGGGGGGGGGGGUGAUGGCAAAAAAAUGUGCACGAUUACACGACGAACAUGACACUGGAGGAUAAACAGUUAAAAGAAAUGUGUCGCAGAAUAAAUGCUGUCAGUAUAUUUUGCCUUUGCCGGAGCAGCACCUGGCAAAAAAAAAAACGGUGAUGAAUCAUUGCACGGAGGAAAAAUACCUCAUCGAACACUCGUUUGAAAAUACUGAGUCAUACUUUGACUAGAGAAGCUUUUUUUAAUCAUAUACAUCUUCAAUUUGCAAGUUUUGUACGUCGAACUAAACUGAGCAUUUUGGAUGAAAUCAGUGUUCUAAACCUAAGAAACUUGCAAAUUUAUUUAAAUAAACGUUGAAGGAGCAAACACGGCUUCCCACGGCACCCGUUGUCAAGCGGAAACACGUAUGGAUGGAUCCGUGAGAAUGAUUGACAGCCCCCUUUUGACCAAUCAGUGAGCGUCAUUUUCUGAACCCCGCCCAUGCUGCCUACAGCCUCGAUCCUUUACCCACAAACAAAGAGAGUGCGUGUUUACUUUAAAGGGGAAUUCCGGUGGUAUGCCCAGCGCUGAUUUCUCGGAUUUAUCCUCAUCUGAUGAAGAAAUGGCAGUAUCGGUUUGACGGGAAGAAGCUCGCUCCCCGGUUGGCUGUAAAUAAUGUUGAAUAUCUGGAUGGUUCUUCGGGCGGAAUGACGCGGAGUCUGACGAGCUCGUUUUGCCACUUGGCGGACCUCGCUCGUCAUUCCGCCCGAAGAACCACCCGAUUAUUCAACUUUAUCUACAGCCACAAAUUCAAAUUUGUAUGGAAGUAUUCCUCCGUCUUCCUGAUCAACCUAUACUGCUAUUUGUUCAUCAGAUGAGGAUAAAUCCGAGAAAUCAUCGCCGGGCAUAACGGUGUCCCAUGUAAUCGAGCGUUUGGAAGGGCACGUAACACGUCACAUCCGCCCACGUAGGUCAUGUGACUCGUGAAAAUGGCAGCGCCCCUGAAAAUACGUAAUUGUCGAUAAAGAUCUUCUCAAAACACUAUUAAAUGAGAGAGGAUUUCACAUCACAUUGUCAAGAUAGAGCACAUAUUACAUGAUUUAUUGGAUACAUUGUUCAUGGAAACCACCGGAAUUCCCCUUUAAGCCUCUGAAUAGCGAGUGUAUAGUCCUGAUUAUAUCCGAUUCGGAAAUACGAUGCUUGGAUGUGGCUGGGGAAACGUGGAAUGGAGACGAGCGCUAUCCAGAGAGAUUACUGGGAGGAUAUCUGAUGCGGUUUCCCAACCCCAAAGCGUAAUUUAGAUGAAUGCAAACUGUGGAUUAAGGCUCGUGGCCGACCUCACGACCAUCUGAAUUUAUCGAAGAUAAAUCGGCACAAAGUCGUCCGUUCCAAGGGAAGAUAUUCAGUUAGUCGGUGUAGCAUUUAUAAAGGAAAGAGGAGCUCUACCUGUGCCGGGCGAAACUUCCAGCCGGACCUCGGCUCCAGAGAGAUUACUGGGAGGAUAUCUGAUGCGGUUUCCCAACCCCAAGCGUAAUUUAGAUGAAUGCAAACUGUGGAUUAAGGCUCGUGGCCGACCUCACGACCAUCUGAACUUAUCGAAGAUAAAUCGGCACAAAGUCGUCCGUUCCAAGGGAAGAUAUUCAGUUAGUCGGUGUAGCAUUUAUAAAGGAAAGAGGAGCUCUACCUGUGCCGUGCGAAACUUCCAGCCGGACCUCGGCUCUGCUCUCGAGCGUUCUUGUCCAUGAUUAAACACAUCACGUGAGCACAAAUAUUUUAGGCCUACAUUUACGCGUACAGUAUGCUCACACCGAUAGAAGCCACGCAUACUGCCGUAAUUUAUGUAAAUUAAUUAUCCACUAUGAACGUAGAUAUCAUUUCAAAUUGACAUGUUUAUGUGGCAUAAAAAUGCAAACUUAGCCUGCUUUGCAUGAAUAAUUGGCAUCAGAAAUCUUAUCGCAUUCGAUGUCGGGAAUUUGUGCUCAUGAAUCGCUCAUAACAUGCUUCGGGCGCACUGCGUCCGCCGUUUUGAUCGGUAGCUUUGCGUGCAUAACAACAGUCUCUAAGUAGGCGUGGCUUAGGCGCCCGCCGCGGAUCCAUCCAUUGCAAAUAAGCGUGACCGGCGUGGUGUGUUUUAACAGCAAUUUACUGGAAAACUGUGGGGGGGGGGGGGGUGUGAACACUUUUAGGUCCUCAAAUAUCGUGUCCAACAAGUGUUUUGGAAAUGCAACAAUAAAUUGUGAGAUAUUUCUCGCAAAGUGCAGUCUUGAUAUUGUUUCGCUUAUGAAUUUCCUUUCAGUUCUGUGAGUUCUUCCUUUUUGUACGAAAUCCUACUGAGUUCGUGUUUGUCCCACUGAUGAAAUUGCUUUUUAUAUUGAAACUGAAUUAAAUACAUAUGUUGCUGCGCAUUCUACAUUUGCAAAUAGCGAUCAGUCGCUACCUACAGAGUUUCGUCACGCGAAAGAUGAAUUGCUUUCCUUUACCUUAUACGUCGAUAUUUUUACAAAUAGUGGUAUAAACAAAUACAUUUUUGUAAAGGAGAAUCACAAAAUUCUGCAUUACCUGUGGC